AUGACCACUUUGCUACUAAUAUUUGUGAGUUUGCGAGUCAUCACCGCAGCCAUCUCUGUGGAAGUUUUAGAUCACGGUGCCACACUGAGUGUGAGCAUACCUUUACGUUCCCCCUUGCGCGUCCCCCUGGGGCACACAUUGACCAUCCCCUGUUACUACAUCGACACGUUGGAGCACGUUACGACAUCCCCUUCUACUGCCCCUCUGUCCCCGAGAAUCAAAUGGAGCAGGCUUUCAGAAGACAAGCAAGUUGUCUUACUGGUGGCCAUCGACGGGCAUGUCAGAAUCAACACUGCGUACCAAGAGGUGGUCUCUCUGCCCAACUACCCUGCCAUACCUGGUGAUGCCACCUUGGAAAUUAAGGCUCUUCGAUCCAAUGAUACCGGGACCUAUCGCUGCGAGGUGAUUCAUGGCAUUGAAGACAGCCAAGAUACAGUAGAGGUGAAGGUGAAAGGCAUCGUGUUCCAUUACAGAGCCAUCUCCACCCGGUACACUUUGGACUUUGCGAAGGCCAAGCAGGCGUGCAUCCAGAACAGUGCUGUCAUUGCAACCCCUGAGCAGUUGCAGGCCGCCUACGAUGACGGUUUUGACCAAUGUGACGCUGGUUGGUUGGCAGAUCAGACUGUCAGGUACCCAAUGCACCAUCCUCGAGAAGGUUGUUACGGGGACAAGGAUGAAUUUCCUGGGGUGAGAACAUACGGCAUUCGUGAAACGGAUGAGACGUACGAUGUGUAUUGUUACGCAGAGGAAAUGGAAGGCAAAGUCUUCUAUGCUACCUCCCCAGAGAAGUUCACCUUCCCAGAAGCUGCGGAGAAAUGCCACAGUCUUGGUGCCCGUUUGGCAACUACAGGAGAACUGUACCUGGCCUGGAAAGAUGGCAUGGAUGUUUGUAGUGCUGGCUGGCUGGCAGACCGCAGUGUUCGGUACCCCAUUUCCAAGGCUCGUCCCAAUUGUGGUGGCAACCUGGUGGGGGUACGAACGGUAUACCUCUAUGACAACCAGACAGGGUAUCCUCACCCCCAUACCCGCUACGAUGCCAUUUGCUACACUGGCGACGACAUAGACACGAUCAUCCACGAGAACUUCACCGAUGAGACAAUUGGUGAAUUGGGCAGCGGCUUUACCAUCCAGACAGUCACCCAGACAGAUGUGGAGCUGUACUUCCCACGCAACGUCACGGAGGAAGAAGCCCGGGGCAGCGUUGCAACAUUGGAGCCGAUAGACUUUACAGCCACUGCUUCAGAGCUAGACGAAGCCUUGACAGCAACUCCGGACCUCUUUGCUACUGACUUCACUGACGAGGCAGAGAACAGGACAGAGGUGGGGAUUUGGGAGAGUCUAGAAAAUGCCACCGUCUCAAUUCUGGACACUCUUUUCACCACUGACACUCCAGAGGUGAGCUCGGUGGAAGACACCUUGUGGGCUACGGCCACGCCAGAACUAGAGUCUGCCUCUCCGUUUACAGUAGAGGAACAGAUUGUGCCCGGGACAGCUGCUCCUGAUAUUGGACACAUCCCCCGGCAGCCCGUGUCGUUCACAGGUACUGUCUUUCACUACCGACCAUCUACUGAUAGAUAUUCCCUAACCUUUGUCAAAGCCCAGCAAGCUUGCCUGGAUAACAAUGCUGUUAUUGCCACACCUGAACAACUGCAGGCUGCCUAUGAGGCUGGCUAUGAUCAGUGUGAUGCUGGCUGGCUAAGGGACCAGAGCGUCAGGUACCCCAUUGUGGUUCCACGGAGCAAAUGUGAAGGAGACAAGGAUGAUGUCCCAGGGGUGCGGACAUACGGUAUGCGCCCAGCAUCAGAGAUGUUUGAUGUGUACUGCUAUGUUGACAGACUGAAUGGUGAGGUCUUUUUUGCAACCCGACCAGAACAAUUCACGUUCUUGGAAGCACAAGAAUAUUGUGAGAGCCAGAAUGCUACCCUGGCUUCCACCGGACAACUCUAUGCUGCCUGGAAACUGGGUCUAGACAACUGCCGUGCUGGCUGGCUGUCCGAUGGUAGCCUCCGAUAUCCUAUUGUGACCCCACGGCCUGCUUGUGGUGGGGACAAACCUGGUGUGAGAACCACCUAUUUGUACCCCAAUCAGACGGGAUUCCCAGAUGUUCAAUCAAAGCACCACGCCUUUUGCUUUAGAGCUGUACCAUCUCUGUACGAGGACAUUGAGGAGGAUCUAAUUGCAGCCCAAGUAGUUCCUGGGGUUGAGGAAGUCCCUUCUGGAGAAGAGACAACUGUGGAAAUGGAGUUUGCCACUGAUUUGGAAAAUCAGACCGAGUGGGGAACAGAAGUAUUUCCAACAAACAUAUCGUUGAUAUACGUGAGUCCAUCAGCUGUUUCUCCUAUUGACGUAGAUGAAAUAAGUGCAGAAGUUCCCAUCACGGAGACAUCUGCUUCUGGGUGGACAUCUGGAGCUCCAGAUAUCAGUGGGAUGUUUGAACCUAGUGGGGAACCCCCUAUAUUUAGUGGAUUUCCUUCUGGAGCCCCAGAUUUUAGUGGGCUCCCUUCUGGAGAGAGUGGGCUUCCAUCAGGAGACCUAAGUGGCCUGCCUUCUGGCAUUAUUGAAGUCAGCAUCUUACCUUCGGGAGAUGAAGAAUUAUCAGGGAUUGGCUCUGGAAUCCUAGACCAUAGGGAGAUAAUACCUGGACUUCAAGAAGGCAAAGGGAUUCCAGAAAUCAGUGGGUUGCCUUCUGGAUUUAGUGGAGAAGGUUCCGGUGUGGACGUUUUCAGUGGCUUACCAUCUGGAGAGUUUGAUUACAGUGGUCUCACAUCUGGAUUUCCAACUGUGUCUCUUGUGAAUGCCACUUUGGUGGAAGUUGUACCCACAGAGACAGAAAAAGAAAUGGAAGGGAAAGGAACAAUUAUGCUCGGCAAAGAUGGAGAGUUAUCGGGUUUUCCUUCUGCCGAGUGGGACAUUAGUGGGAUAACUAGUGGGUUACCCUCUGGAGAUGACAUCAGUGGAAUACCUGAUAUCAGUGGGUUUUCUUCAGGACUUGAUAUGAGUGGAGAACUGUCUGGGAUACCAGAUAUAAGUGGAUUACCAUCGGGACUUGAUACUGAUGGACAACCAUCUGGUUUACCAGAUAUCAGUGGACUAUCCCCAGAAACUGACCUCAGUGGAGUCCCAUUUGGGAUACCUGAUAUAAGCGGCUUUGUGGACUUAAGUGGCCUGGGUUCAGGUGUUGAUGGAAGUGGUGAGCCUUCUGGGGUUACCUUCAUCGGUACCGAUUUGUUUGAAGUGACAACCCCUUCCCCCAAGGAAGAAGAAGGGAAAGGGUUUGUGGAAAUAAGUGGCUUGCCUUCAGGAGAUGACGAUACAUCUGGCACUGUGUCUGGAAUUUUGGACCUAAGUGGUCAGCCUUCUGGCCAAAUAGACUUCAGUGGGUGGAGUUCAGGUGUUCAUGAAGUCAGUGGACUUCCAAGUGGACUAACAGACAUCAGUGGAGAAAGUUCUGGUAUUGGUCACAUUGGUGGCUUGCCAUCUGGAGUUUAUGAUUAUAGUGGACUUCCAUCUGGGUUUCCUACUAUCUCUCUUGUGGAUACAACUUUGGUGGAAGUUGCAACACAGCCAUCUGUUGCACAGGAAGCAGGGGAAGGAACAUCUGGGAUACUAGAAUUCAGCGGUUUUCCUUCUGGGGAAACAUCUGGUGACGCACAUGAUGUAACAACUGUUAGUGGACUGCCCUCAGGGGCAGUAGACAUCAGUGGGACAUCAUCGGGAAUUCCAUAUUUUAGUGGAGAAAUAGCUGGUGUCACUGACCUAAGUGGAGAGACCUCAGCUAUAGAUGGGACUAGUCACGAAACCUCUGGAAUUCCAGAAGUCACCUUAGUAACUUCUGAUUUAGUGGAAGCUGUGACAGAGCCAACAGUUUCUCAGGAACUGGCUGGAGGGACAGAGGCAAUGCACCCACAUUUUCCUGAAACAAGUGGCGAAGCCUCUACGUUUAGUGGAGAGACUUCUGCGUAUCCUGAAAGUACCGUAAAACCCCCUGAAUAUCCUGAAACAAGUGGCGAAGCCUCCACAUUUAGUGGAGAGACUUCUGCGUAUCCUGAAAGUACCAUAAAACCCCCUGAAUAUCCUGAAACAAGUGGCGAAGCCUCCAUGUUUAGCGGAGAGACUUCUGCGUAUCCUGAAAGUACCAUAAAGCCCCCUGAAUAUCAUGAGACUAGUGGUGAGACAUCUACAUUUCAUGAAGGUAGUGUAGAAACUUCUACCGUUCAUGAAAUUAGUGGGGAAGCAUUGGCAUUGCCUGAAAGCCACCCAGAAACAUCAACCUUUUAUGAAACGGGUAGUAGUGAGACAUCUGCAAUACCCGAAAGCCAGCCAGAAACAUCUGGGGUACCUUUCAUCAGUGGCUUGCCCUCUGAACAAUAUGAAGAAAGAAGGGAAAUUCAUGGGGAUAGUUCAGGGCCACCCCCUCACCCUGUCUCUGAUGGUCCAGAGGAAACCUUUUUGACGGACGUUCUGCUCAGUACCAGUGAUCCGGAUUCUGAACGUGGCAAGAGUCCAGAAGACACCCAAGUGGAAACAGAGGCUUAUACACGUGUCCUGUCUGAAACUGAAGGAGCUGUUGUUCCAGAGUUUCCAGUCACUCCUCCUGCAGCCACGGAUGCCCUGCCUGAAGUAUCACCAGAGGUGAUAGCUCCUACAGCAGAAGACAUUGAUGAGUGCCACUCCAGCCCCUGUCUGAAUGGAGCUACCUGCGUCGAUGGCAUCCACACUUUCAAAUGCUUAUGCCUUCCCAGCUACGGAGGGGACCUCUGUGACAUCGAUCUGGCAGAAUGUGAAGUGGGCUGGACCAAAUUCCAAGGCAACUGCUACAAGUAUUUUGAAGAGAGACACACGUGGGUGGAUGCGGAAAACCUGUGCCGUGAACACCAGUCCCACCUGAGUAGCAUCAUCACUCCAGAGGAACAAGAAUUUGUGAACAACAAUGCACAAGACUACCAAUGGAUUGGCCUCAGUGACAGGGCUGUCGAACAUGACUUCCGGUGGUCUGAUGGACACUCCCUUCAAUAUGAGAACUGGCGACCCAACCAGCCUGAUAAUUUCUUUGCCACGGGAGAAGAUUGUGUGGUAAUGAUUUGGCAUGAGAAAGGCGAGUGGAAUGACGUGCCCUGCAACUAUCACCUCCCGUUCACCUGCAAAAAAGGAACAGUUGCUUGCGGUAAUCCACCUGCGGUAGAGAAUGCUAGGCACUUUGGCAAGAAGAAAGACCGCUACGAGAUCAACUCUAUGGUGCGGUACCAGUGCAACCAGGGCUUCCUACAGCGCCACGUGCCCACAAUUCGGUGUCAACCCAAUGGACAGUGGGAAGAGCCACGGAUAGCCUGUAUAGAUCCCUCCACCUACAAACACAGGCUACACAAGAGAAGCCCACGGUCUCGGUCAAGGACCAAUCGAGGAAAGGCACAGAGAACCGCCCAUUAAAGGAAGGAGAGCAAGAGAUAAGAGAGAGAUUUUAUGGAACAGUUAUAUUAACAGAACCGAAUUCUUCUCGUUGCUUUUUUUUUGUCGUUGUUAUAUAAGGAAAAAUUAUAUUAAAGAAAAAAAUCCACCUUGUGUAUAUAUAAAAAAAGAGAAAAAAAAGAAACCUUUUCA